AUGUUCCUACCUGAUUUAAAUGGAUCUCUUACGCAUACAUGUCAAUUUCAAAAAGCUUGGUCUCUGGAAAUACGUAAUAUAUCUAUCAUACUGAAAAAAUCUGGCUUUCCAGAAGGAAGUUAUUAUAAUCGAGACUAUGAGCAGAAAGGAAGAGAAUCAAAAUAUUCCAAAAACUCUCCAGAGAUUUUGCCAGAUUUUUCUAAGAGGCCUGAUAAAUAUCAAUAUGAAGAAUGGAGAGAACAUCCAGAGAUGGUUCCUCGUGGCAGUAACUAUUAUGAGCAUGAUACAAGGCCUGAGGUAGAUGUGAUGCCAAAUCGAGGUAGAGGCAUUGGCCGGUUCCGUUCUCGAGGUGGUAUCCUUCGUCGUCCCUUCAGGCCAUUCCGAUCUCGUGGUACAUUCAAACCACGACUUACAACCCCGGGUUCCACUAGUCGUCGACAAUUUGGAGCUAGAGGUCUUGGAAGAUUCCGCACACGUUCUCGGGGUCAUAUUGGUUUAAGAAGUCGUGCUCGAGGAAGAGGAGGUGGCACGUCUGAUCUUUCUGCUGGUGGUGAUGAUUGGAAGGAAAGUUCCUACAGCAAAUCAUCAGAGAAGCAAUCAUCAUCAGACAAAUGA